AUGCCAGCGAACAGGUCGUCGGGAACGCUGGGAGGCGGGCUCGGGCAGCAAUCGGCCGCUCUCGCUGGCAUGCCGGCGGCCCCUCCCAUGCCGCCUGGGAUGGGGUAUGCAAACAAUGGUUAUCCUUCAGCACCAGCAGGAGGACCGGCCGGGGGAGGAGGGCCCCCGCCGCCGCCACCGCCGCCUCCGCUGCCUCCGGGCACAGUCAUCCCGCAAAACCGGCCGCUCCCCCCCGCCAUGCCGACCGCGGGCGUGAUGCCGCUCGGAGGGUUACCGCUGCCGGGGGCCUUGCCGGCGGCGAGCGCGCUCGCGGCUCCGGUGGUUCCGAGGAAGGUGUUGGAAAGGCCAGCCAACGGGCAAAACGUGGCGUUUCCUAACAAAGUCUCGUACUUCGAGGGUGCCGAAGACCUGCCGGGAGACAAAGAGAAGGGCAUGCUUAGGCUCAAGGACGGACAGAUGGUGGUCGUCUACAAGACCGAUGACCCUCAUUGGUGGCUAGGGAAGGUUGGCGAUGAUGUUGGGUGGGUUCCGUCCCACUUGCUGCAGGAGGUCGACCCCAAAGCGCCCGGCAGGCAGCAACACGUGCCGCCUCGGGACAUUAACCCCAGGACAUGGGGGUCCAAGAAGAAGGACAACAGCAUGUCGGCGGGAGAGCUGGACAUGGAGAAGACGGACUUCAGCAUGACCAACGCCACCACGUUCGAGCACCACAACGCCAAGAUCACCGCCUUCUUCAUCCAGGUUUCUGGGGUGAAGAAGAGCGUGAAAGAGCAGGGGGACAUCUGGGUGGUGGCCAAGACGCUCAAGGCCUUCAACCGUCUGCGCGUGGCGUGGGAAGAGGACUACGGGACGAGCUCUAUUCCAGUCGAGCCUCCCCCGGCGCGCUGGGUGGACUGCAGCGAGUCGGAUUGGAAAGACCUCAAGGGCGCCGCUCUUCGGAGCUUUCUGGAGGAGGUGAAGCAGUGGCCGAACCUCAAGCACUCCCAAGAUCUGAAGCACUUUCUGACCACAGACAGGGUUAACCUGUCGGGCGGUAUCAUCAGCAAGAAGACCAUGAAGCCGUACCUGGACGCGUGGAUCAAGACGAGCUCGGAGCCGACCUGGACCCUGAAGCUUCCCCCGAUCCCGGGCAAGGAGGGCACCGGCGGCGACGGCGGAAAACCGUCGGCCAAGGACAAGAAGGAGGCGACGAUACCCGGCCUGCGAGCCGGAGACGAGUCGUUUGGGCAGCUCACCAGCCGGCGGCCCAAGCUCCGACGAAGCCGGGUGUUCGGGAAGGUCUCGGCGCUGGCGGCGGUGACCAGGCAGGAGGCCAUGCUGGAAACCUCCAGGCGCAGCUGGACCCACGCGGGGCUGAAGCUGCAGCUGCUCGACCAGGGCGGCGACGUUUGCUCCUUGAAGCGGAGGAGCGAGCGCAACAUCUACCAUAAGUAUUACGCGGAGGAAGGGCCUGACGGAGGCGAAGACGACGCGUUCGGAAAGACGGCCGGUUCGAGGGUGCUCAUGAGAAGAGGAGGCUAUAACCAAAUGAAGGCCCACAUGAGGUACAACCUGGAGAGGGUUGUGUACGGGCGGAUGGAAAACUUGGGCAGGGAGAGCGAGACCAAGUACGCCAUGUACGCCAAACAAAAGGAGCAGGAGAAGUUGCAGAAGGACAACGGAGUGACCGGAGGUCUGAAGCGAGGCAUCACCGGCGGCGGAGACGGUGGAAGGGCCGGGGGGCAGAAGAAGAGCUCCUUGUUCCAGCUGGAGGUCCUCACGGAGAAACUCGAAAAAGUCACGAAAAUAACCGACAUCCAGUCCAGCAAGCAGGAAUCUACUCUGGGCCGGUGCCAGUACAUGUCGAGGAUACACGGAAGGUUCACGAUGCCGGUGGCGGCCCAGCUGAUGGCCCUCAACGAGCUCGGUCGGGAGGAGCUGGAGCUGUUCGUGGCCCACGUCGGGGAGGGGAGCCGGCCUAGGCUCGACCGCAUGAAAGAGCUCGACAGCUUCCUGGAGGACAAGCGCGUUCGCUGCCACCAGCUGGUGGACCUUCUGGACCGCAUGCACACACCGGACGAGCGGCUGCUGCUGGUGCUCACCUGUUGCGCGAGGCUCACGGACGCCGUGGAGGCCGAGGACCAGGGGCUGUUCAAGGACCUGGAGUGCGCCAUCGACCCGCUAAAUCUCAAAAGAGCCAGGCUGGUGGUCGGCGUGCUGGUGGCGGAGGCUCAGGCGGAAGACGCCUCGCGUGCUUCGAGGAAAGCGGCGCGUGAGGUGCGCGCGGACGUCCAGCGCGCUCGCAAGGCUCUUGGCUUCCUUUCCAAGGCCGUCGAGAAGAUCCGGUCGGGUACGAUCGCGACGGACAUGUUCGGGGAGCUGAAGGAGCGGCUCGAGGCGGCCGCUGACGCCGCUCACGAGGAGUACUGCGACGCUGUCAAGGACGCCAAGCCGGCCAACGAGUACGCGGAACAAGCGGUGUCUCUCAUGGAGUCGGCCGAGCAGCUCUUCGAAGAGCUCGAUAUCCUCGGCACGGGGGUAAAGGACAGGGUGAAAGUUGUCCACAACAGUGGUGGCGGGGCGAUGGGCGAGAUGGAGCCGGCAGACACGGAAGAGUCGCUUCUCGUCUCCGCGCUAGAGGUUGUACUGGCUAUCGCCGCCAACGCCCAGGAGCUGGCCGCGAGGGCGGCGGACAACGCCCGGUUCGACAUGCAGACCGCGCUCGAGGAGGUGGCCACAGCCGAGAAGAUUAUCCGGAGGGUGGAGCUGGAGGAGCGCCGCGCCCGCACCGAGUGCGACGAGGCGGAAGAGAAGGAAGAAGAGAUCCUGAUCGCCGGCUGUGUGUUCGGUGAGUGGGCCGACGACGCCAAGUUACACGGAAUCGAAAACCUCGAGAAGUUCAGGAAGGCCGGAAAGUACCGCCUUCAUCUGGACAAGACGGGCACGAGGGGUACUGAGGACAUGCUGAUGAUGGCGACGCUCGUGUCGAAGGUGCAGCUGCUGAGGGACCUCCGGGAGCUGCAGGCGGAAGCGAAGGCGGAGGAGCUCAAGAGGCAGGAGAGUCUCAUGCAGAGCUCCAGCAAGCGGCGACGACGCACAGCUGCAAGGCGCGAGGGCGGUGGGAGGCGGCAACCGACUCUCAGGCAGCAGUCGUCCGUCGGCGGCGGCAACGAUUCGGCCAAGAAAGCCUCGCGCUCCGCGCCCAUACGGCAACAGUCGGACAUGUUCUCCAUGGAUGAGCAGGACGAGGGGGGGGGGGACUCGAAGCUCAAGGGCAAGAAGCGCAACAAAGGCAGCAAAGCCAUGGGAGAGAUCGAAGACCAGGUGGACGAGGACGAGGACGAGGACGAGGACGAGGACGAGGUCUCCAGCGCCGAGGAGGGUUCGGAGGAGGACAGCAUCUUUGGCAGCGACCUGGACGCCGGAGACGACGACCUGGGGCCUCUGCGAAAGUCGGCGGGGCUUCGAGGAACAGCGGCCAGGCGGUCGCGCAACUCCGGCGGCCGUCGCGGCUCGUUCGGGAAAGCCGGCGGUCCUAACGGCACCGGCAUCGCCGGCGGUAGCCAGCGGGUGUCGGUAGACGGCACCACCCGCCGCCAUGACAGGAUGCGCAAGUCGCUCAUCGGGCAGACGCUGGGCAAGCGGCGCUCGAUCGGGACCAAGUCGCUCGCGAGGAACCUCGCGCCGCCCACGCCGAGGCCCGAGGCGCACCCUAGGAGGUCACAGUUCGAUUUUGCUGAGGAGAGAGAAGAGAGAGGACCCGGUGGGGGGGGCGGCGAUGAGGAAGAGGACUUCGACUACGACUGACUGACUUACGUCGGCAGCUCGCGGUGAUUGCAGCGGGCCCUCGCCUCUACAGCAGUCGUAUCGUCCCCUUACCUCAACCUGGUUUGCGCGUGUUGUGUGUAGGUGAGGGCAGGUUAUUCACUCGCGUUCGGUCGGGGGUUGGUCGGUGUUGUUGAACUGUCGCGGUCCUGGAACGACCCUCUGUUGCCGACUGCAUAACUCCUGUGUAAAACACGCAUGGUAGGCCGGCCCCAGUGGAGUGGAGCACGAGCCGUAGUACAUGUAGAUGCAGAAAGGCAGAGGUGUGGCAGACAAGGGCAUGUAUUUGUUGAACUUUGCCCAACACCAGCUAAGCAUUGUCUCGCCCAAAGUAUGCAAUAAGAGAGCGGCCGUUGUUGUUGUACGCAGUGCGAGGUCAAAAACCGGGAGUGGAAGGGAGGGCGUACUCACUAGCGGCGUAGGUUGCGCCGCCGACGGGGGGAAGGGACAUCGUGUUUUUUGUUUCAGUUGGUCGGUCCCAUCCAUCUGUCUGUCCUGGGCGGCAGUCAUACCUUUCUGUUCACGUUUGUUUGACGCGCCAGCCAGUGCUCAUUUAUGUAGACUGAUUUUUUUCGCGCAGCAAAGUCAUGAUGAUGGCUGUCACUUUGUCGGGCCAGCUUUCGAGUGAGGAAAGUUAAAACUUUGUACUGCUGUAGAUACGAAAAGAAAGACGGUUGAUUUUGAGCCUCAUCGUG